GCAAAUUUAAACAUUCUUUUCUUUUUUUCUUUUAUAAUUUAGCAAAAAUAUUUAUUGAAAAAUACAUAAUUUUAGCAAUUUUCUAUCGAGAUUUCCGUAAAAUUAAGAUAUGAUAGAUAUAAAUAGAUUGGUUGCAUAUUGAGAAUAUUAAAUUUGUGGUAUUUGUUUGGGUGGAGGAGAGUUGGCAAAGAAAAUUUCAAGUAAUUGAGAACCACAUACAUUAGAGAUAACCUUGCAUGUAACCCUAUCUUGUUCAUGUUCUUAGUAUUCAACCCAUAACUAUGGCAGCCGCGAAACCCAAACAUCCUCCACUCCGACAAAUCUCCAAUUGUUUCAUCAAACCUAAACAUCUUCCCCCAGAAACAAAGCAGCUCCCAUACUAUUUAGGCCCUUCUGAACUCGUUUUUCUGUCCAUCCACUACAUCUAUAAAGGCCUUCUCUUUCACAAACCUCCCGACCAUGGAGUCCAUUUUAUGGUUCCCCUUCUUCAUCGCCUUAAAAACUCCCUCUCCACAGCUCUCUUUCAUUUCUACCCACUUUCCGGCCGCCUUGCUACCGCUACCAAUAAUGGGGUUUAUGUUGACUGCGUUAACAGCCCAGGAGCCAAGUUCAUCCAUGCCGCCCUUGACAUUACAGUCUCCGACAUUCUCUCCCCGCUUCAUGUGCCUUCUUCACUCAUCCAAUCUCUCUUUGACCUCAACAAAAUCGUCAACUACGAUGGCCACACCUUACCUUUGCUAUCCAUUCAGGUAACUGAACUAUUAGACGGUGUCUUCAUCGCCUGUUCUUUCAACCAUUCUCUUGGUGAUGGAACUUCCUUUUGGAAUUUCUUCAAUAUGUGGUCUGAGAUUUUUCAAGCUCAGGGAGAUGGAGAUGGAGAUGGAGAUGGAGAUGGAGAUGGAGUUAUUUCAAUUUCACGACCACCCAUUCUAGAGCGUUGGUUUCCUGAUGGGUAUGGUCCAACUAUCAAUCUCCCCCCAUUUGUUCAGCUGGAACAAUUUGAAGCACCCGAGUUAAGGAGGAGAUUUUUCCACUUCUCAGCAGAAUUAAUUGCAAAUCUGAAAGCAAAAGCCAAUGCAGAGUGCAAAACUAAAGAAAUCUCCUCCUUUCAAUCACUGAGUGCACUUGUAUGGAAAGCCAUAACACGAGCUCGUUGCAUAAAGCAGGAUCAAAGUACCCGUUGUCAUAUGGCAGUAAAUUACAGGGGAAGACUAAAACCUGCAUUGCCUGAAAAUUACUUAGGCAACAUGAUUACAUCAGUGAAAGUGGAUGCAGAAGCAGGGGAAUUGGUUGAAACAGGGUUGGGUUGGGGUGCGUGGAAAUUGCAUGAAGCUGUGACGAACAUCACAAACGAAAUGAUAAGAGAAUCACUUGAGAAGUGGAUUCAGUGUCCAUUUACUCUUCGAUGGAGUUCUGUUUCGAAUCCAUGUAUUGUGCUCAUAACGAGCUCGUCCAGAUUCAAUAUGUAUGGAACCAAAUUUGGAAUGGGAAAAGCGAUGGGAGUUCUAAGUGGAUAUGGCAACACAAUCGAUGGUAAGGUUGUUGCUUAUCCAGGAUAUGAAGGAGGAGGAAGUGUAGAUCUAGAGAUUUGCUUACAACCACAAACGAUGGCAAAUCUGGAGUCUGAUUUGGAGUUCAUGAAUGCUAUCUCUUCUCCACCUCACUUUCCUUCUUAAUCAUAAAUUCAUAACCAAUCAAUAUUCCCAAAUGGGGCAGUGUGGAGCUAAUUUUAUUUUAUUAGAAUUAUUUGGAUGUUGUUUUACAUAGAAGAUUAUUUGUUUA